AUGGUAGUUGGCAGCUGGGGUUCCGAGCGGCGGCGGCGUGGGGUGCUGCGGCUGCUGAUGCGGCUCGGCUCCGUGCUGCUCACGCGUUUCCCUUUCUGGCACUGCCUCAGCGGACUCCUGCUCAACGCCGAGCGCGCCGAGGCCCGCCGAAAACCUGACAUCCCCGUCCCAUAUCUCUACUUCGAUAUGGGUGCAGCAGUGCUGUGUGCCAGUUUCAUGUCCUUUGGGGUGAAGCGCCGGUGGUUUGCCCUAGGGGCAGCCCUGCAGUUGGCGAUCAGCACAUAUGCAGCAUAUGUUGGAGGCCACGUGCACUAUGGAGACUGGCUGAAGGUUAGGAUGUAUUCACGGACAAUAGCCAUCAUUGGUGGCCUCUUGAUCUUGGCAAGUGGUGCUGGGGAGAUCUACCGCCAGAAACCACGGAACAGGUCACUACAGUCCACUGGGCAGGUUUUCAUUGGCAUCUACCUCAUUUGUGUGGCCUAUUCGCUUCAGCACAGCAAGGAAGACCGACUGGCCCACCUCAGUGGCAUUCCGGGUGGGGAAAUUGCUUUGCAGCUCCUCUUCGUUCUCUAUGGUGUCCUUGCCCUCUCCUUCCUGUCUGGCUACUACAUCACCAUAGCUGCCCAGAUCCUGUCAGUCAUUCUUCCUCUGGUGGUUCUCUUCAUCGAUGGCAACUUGAGUUACUGGCAUGAUUCACGUCGAGUCGAAUUCUGGAACCAGAUGAAACUGAUUGGGCAGAAUGUUGGAAUCUUUGGAGCUGCCAUAAUUUUGGCCACUGAUGGAUGAGGAACUGCAGGACUUCGGAGCAUGGUUUUUGGGGAGUGGGAAGAGGGGAACAGCAGAGAAGGAACUCGGGAUUUUUGAAAGAAUCACUUAAUUUAUUUUUUGUUUUUAUGGUUAUCUUAAAAAUGCUUUGUUGCUUCCCAGUGGCAGCUAAAUGAACUAGAAGGUUUCUUCAAAAUCCAGAAUCACACCUAUGUUCUUUGUGGUGGACAUUCGCCCUUCUAUGCCUUCGCCACCCAAGAGGCUAAUACUCGAGGCAGUUGUUUGCAUUGAUGAAGACUCUAGGUUUUUGUCAUAUAGUAGCUUAAACAUUACAUGACAGACAAAGCUGGUUAUGUUACCACUUUGCAAAGCUCUGGGACUGAACCCCACCCCUUGCUUGGGUAGCCAAAUGUUUUGAUUCUUGCUUGUUCUACGUUCAGAAGUAUCUAGAUGGUGGAGAUGGGCAUAGAUCAUGCAGUCUUUUAUAACAAGCCAGCCUGGGCUUUUGAAAAUUCUCCCAAGAAGCUGUCAUGAACCCCAUGGUUCAUAGAAUCAUAGAAUAGUUGAGUUGGA